UGUCCUUUUGAUAUGUAAUUUGUAAAAAGGAAAAAUGAAAAGUAAAUGGUGGAGGAAGUUAAUGGAGUGGCAAAGAUAACACAAAAUAUAAAAAAAAAUUUUUUGUUUAUUUUAUAAAUUUUAUUCUGUUAUUGCUUACAUAUAUUUUGUAAUAAAAAUUUUUAAUUUUAAUUUUUUUAGUUUUUAUUUGUAUUUACAUUUAAUAUUUGUUUUAAAUUUCUUUAAAGACAAACUGACAAUUUUAAAUCAAAAGAAAUAAUUAUUUGUUGUAUUAAUUCAUCAUGGCUGGAAAAUUGAAGCAAAUAUCCUCAAGUUGUUGUUUUGGUGGAUAUCAAAAUGUUAUGGAACAUUUUAGCGAUGUUUUAAAUUGUAAAAUGAAAUUUGGAAUUUAUUUACCGGAUUGUUGUGUUUCCAAAGAGCCAGUUAGUGUGCCUAUUCUUUUUUGGCUUUCGGGUUUAAGUAUAAGAUACACCCAUAAUGGUAAAUUACCGGAUUGUUGUUUUGGUGGAUAUCAAAAUGUUAUGGAACAUUUUAGCGAUGUUUUAAAUUGUAAAAUGAAAUUUGGAAUUUAUUUACCGGAUUGUUGUGUUUCCAAAGAGCCAGUUAGUGUGCCUAUUCUUUUUUGGCUUUCGGGUUUAACGUGUACUGAAGAAAAUUUUAUAAUAAAAAGUGGAAUGCAGCGGUUUGCCUCAAAAUUUAAGGUUAUUGUUGUGAAUCCAGAUACAAGUCCAAGAGGGGAAGAUAUUCCGGUUGGGAUUGAUUGGGAUCCUAAUUUUGGUGUUGCUGCUGGAUUUUAUUUGGAUGCAACAGAACCAAAAUUUGCCAAAAAUUACAAAAUGUAUUCUUAUUUGGUUAAAGAAUUUGUUCCUCUUAUUUUUGAAGAAUAUAAAGAAUUAAUUAUAAAACAGUCUUGCGGGAUUUUUGGACAUUCAAUGGGAGGGCAUGGAGCCUUAACUAUUGGAUUAAAACAUCCAGAAUUAUUCAAAUCAAUUUCUGUUUUUGCCCCAAUUUGUAAUCCAAUGAAAAAAACUCCAAAUUUUGGUUAUAAACAUUUGGAAGCGUUUUUGGGUCCUUUAGAAGGCGAAAAUAUUUUAGAAUGGGAAAAGUACGAUUCUGUGGCUUUAGCGUCAAAAUAUCAAGGACCGAAAGUUGAAAUACUUUUUGACCAGGGUUCAAAAGAUCCAUUUUUACAUGAUUUAUUACCAAACAAUUUAAUUUCUGUUUCCAAUCCAAAUAUUGUUUGGAAUUAUAAUUUGCGUGAAAAUUAUGACCACGGAUAUUAUUUUAUCUCAACAUUUAUUGAAGAACAUUUUUCUUUCCAUACUAAAAAUUUUGGGGACAAAAAAUAG